CAGCGAAACAAAAGUUUGAAUUUGGAUGUCCAAGCAAUAUAAAGAGCAGAAAUCGAGCUAAGUUUCGAUCAGAUAGGUCCCUCGAGAUUCAAAGAUUGUUGGAGCAAAUUGGUUAACCAUGUACGACUAUGAGCAAACCUCAAACUGGCCCGGUCCGAAGUUUUUCUAUUUGAGGUGGGUUUUCUCGAAAGAAAAACAGGAGAUGUUAUUGAGGUUCAAGAACAUCGAAGCAUUUGGGGACCGGACCGAACCGAACCAUAGGAUUUGCAAAUAAAAGAGAUUUAUUGGGUUUUCAAAGAAUUCAAGGAUCUUCGAUUCUCUUUAGGGAUUAAACCAAAGACCGGGUUCGUGUUCGGUGAUCAUGUCAUCGUCCUUGCGUCUGCUCUUUGUAAUGGAGGCCUUUCGACAGCAGAAGUUUGAGACGGAAUGCCACAGGAAGUGAUAUCGAUCAUGAUCCCGCAAGCUCUUUGCUCGUCAGCUCACGCACCCAACAUGUGCAAGAUGGCGAGGAACAGGGCCUUCCCUUUCACAAGUUUUCCCAGCAUCCGCGCACUUCCCCAGACGGCUCCACUGAAAUCUCGCCUUCAAAACACGAACUUGGAAGAUGCCCGCGAAGGCUUUGAUCGCGUUCCCACUUCUGGUGACAUCUUUUCUUGGAAUAUAUUGCUUCGGGAUUAUGUUCGGAACCGCCCUUUGCAUCAAGCCCGGGACUUGUUCGACGAAAUGCCCCUUAAGGACGUCGUCUCAUGGAACACGAUGCUUUCGGGUUAUUAUAGAGCUAAAAGACCGGAGGAUGUGUAUGGUUGUUUCGGAGAACUUGGGAGAUGCGGUGUCUUGCCUAAUGCGUACACCAUAUCCAUGGCUAUCAGCUCCUUUUUGGACACUCGGUUCAAAAUUUUAGUCCCCCAAAUUCAUGCCUGUAUAGUUUGUUUGGGGAUGGUAUCUGACGCCAUCGUUGGGUCGGCAUUGAUGAAAGGCUAUGCAAAUGUUGGCGAUCCAUUUGCUUUGGAAAGAGUGUUCAAUGAGCUUUCGGUGAAACUUGCUUCAUCGUGGAAUGCUCUGGUAAGUGGUUAUAUGGAGAUGGGACGUGUGGAGGAGGCGGAGAGAUUCUUUCACUUAAUGCCGGAGAGCCAGAAGGAUGUUGUCUCUUGGACUUGUUUGCUUAGCGGUUAUGUCAGGAACAAAAGGAUUGAUGAAGCUCGAUCUGUUUUUGAGAGGAUGAGCGUGAGGGAUGUGUUUUCAUGGACGGCGAUGAUCAAUGGAUAUGUGAAGAACGAAAAGCAUGAGGAUGCUCUGAAGCUGUUUGUCCUGAUGGUUAAAUCGGGGAGCCGGCCAAAUGUUUUCCAUUAUUCGUCUGUUUUAAAUGCGUGUGCGGGUUCAUCUUCUCUUAUCAUGGGUCAGCAGGUUCACUCAAGCAUCGUGAAGUGUGGUAUCCCUGAAUCAGAUGAUGUGGUUGUUUUGACCUCCCUUGUCGAUAUGUAUGCAAAUUGCGGGGAAAUUGAUGCUGCAUUUUGCAUCUUUGCCAGCAUCCAAAACAAGAACAUUGUUUCAUGGAAUGCGAUUAUGGGAGGAUAUGCAUGGCAUGGGCCAGGGAUAAGAGCAUUAGAAAUCUUUGAAAGCUUGGUUGAAAGUGGUACUAAGCCUGAUCAAAUAACAUUCAUUAAUCUCCUGUCAGCAUGUGUUAAUGGAGGACUAGUUGAAGAAGGUGCUAAGUUCUUCAACUGCAUGAAGACAAAGUAUGGGAUACAACCAGAGGUUGAGCACUAUGCAUGCAUGGUAGACCUGUAUGGAAAGGCUGGACAGCUCGAGAAGGCAAAAAAGCUAAUUGAGGAAAUGCCCAUGGAGCCCGACGUGGUAGUUUGGGGUGCAUUCAUUGGAGCUUGCACAAUGCAUUCAAGUUUGGAAUUUGGUGAAUUUGCUGAAAAGGGAAUUAGAAGAUUGAAGGAACAUCAUCCCGCAGCAUAUACAAUGCUUCUAAAGAUUCAUGGUGAAAAUGGAUCAUGGAGCAGAGUACUAAAUUUGAAAAGGAUGAUGAGAAAAUGGCAUGUGAGGAAGCAGAUUGCAACUAGUUGGCUUGAUACCUCUUGAGGAAUUAUGACUCGUCAGUUAUCAUUAUCUGUUAUUGGAUGGGUAUCAAACGCUCUAGAAGCACUAAGCUCUCAAAAGAUGUAUUUCCAGUACCUAGUUCUCGCCACCAUCAUCUUUAUCCAGUGAAAAACAAAUCUCCAUGAUAUGAGCCACUAAGCAACGGAUGCAGACCAAUUUAAGGGACUUGCAUCAGAUUUGAGCGCUAGGUCACUGUUUCUCAUUAUCUAUAUCUGGUCUGCCGAUAUAGCUUCUCUUCUGAAAAGCAGGACAAGCAGGGAGAGACGAAGGAGCCGGAGACUGUAAAUAGUGAAAGUGGGGCAAUUGUGAAUUGCGAUAUGGAAGAUGGAGAUUUUGAUGGAGUACUACUGUCAGAAUGCAUGGACAACAGAUGAAAUGGGAAGUGCUUUUAGGUGGAUUGCACUAUUAAAAACCACUUUACUCUGGAGAAAAUGCUAUGGGACCAGAAUAAGAUUGACCAAGCUGUUAUGCGACAAGAUACUUAAUACUCUGGUAGCAACAUGUGCACCAAGCAAGUGUAGAGUGGAGGCAAAUGUUUUAUGGAUUCUUUUGCAGGUGAGAAAAAAGAGAUUAGGAAUGCAUGUAGAAGAGACAGGCUUGGCUCAAGUGACAGAGAAGUGAGAGGCUUGUUUACUGUGAUCUGGACACGUGAUCUUUGAUCCAUCAGAUGGGACUGGAACAAGGAAUGCCUGGCAUAGCUGUUGUGACUGCCAAGCAGCAAUCUCCUUGUCUGUCUUGUAAGAGCUAAGAGCUGCUGCAUCUACUUCUCCUCAUCAGGAUUGUUACUAAACUAUAACCAUCUCGGAAAAGAUGUAUUGGAUUAUAAAGUCUAAUCAGAUUCUAUUGAAGCAGAUCCAGCAGGCAGCAUGAGUGGUUGUGUCCACUUUAAUUGUUGUGACAUUCUUUCCUGCUCAUUUUGGCUUGGCGAAUAAGUGAGACAUUGGGAUGGGAAGCUUAUCAUUUUUUCUUUUUCAAGCAAAAAAUGCUAGAAUCAACAUGGGGCCAUCUUUUCAGUGGUGGCUGAUGCUGUAAUACCUCAUCCUUUACAGUUCAGUGCCAUAUUAUUUUUUGGGAGUUUUUGCUACUCCUUUGCUUUUUCAAGCUCAAGAUCCUCCAACACAACGGUAAUGUUUAUCUUACCCAGAUUUCUUUUCUAGCAACUAUUUCCACGUUCUUGGAUGUUCGACAGAUCUGUAAAACCUUCUGUAGCAGGUAUAAAUCCUGUUAUUAACGUUUGAG